AUGAUUGAUUUCCAUAAUUUCUUUUUGGCUUCAGGCGAAUUGCUGCCACCAUAUUUCCGACUUUCAAGAGGCACUCCAUCUGAGUCUCCGCUUACUCAGCCCCCUUCUUCAACUGAUCGCGACGAGCGCAGUAACGGUGAUGAAGAGGACGAGGAAGAGGAAGAGGCAGAAGGAGAGAUUAAAGAGGAGGAGGACGAAGGCGAUGAAGAAGAAGAGGAACUAGAAAGCAAAGAAGGUGACUCCCCGGAAGAUAACGAAGGGAACCUAGAUUGUGUGAGAACAAGGGAUUUUGAUAGCAAAAGAUGGGAAAUUGAGACACAGAAUGUAACGGAAGGACAGGAAGAAGAAGAGCGAGUGUACGGAGAGGCAGGCGAGGACGACACCGAUGAAGCCUUGACUGGGCAGACUCAACAUCAAGACGCCAAUUUAGAGUCUGUUCUGAUCCACAAUGGACUCAUUAUUGAUGGUCAAAGCAAAGGAAGCCAACCCAUCUCUCUCUCCCAGUUUCGGCUGCGUGAACAUCGAUCCAGCUCACACCGGUCUAGCCGUCAAAGACGCUUUACAACAGAGGCUUCCAAAUCAACCACUCUGCCAUCAUCUGGGCGUGAUCAUAUGCUUGAAGUUUUUAUCCCCACAGAAUCAAAUUCCCCGGCUAGUAAUUCACCCAAUUCAGGCCACAUGAGCGUAGAUAAUAGUGGGGAAUUUAUCAUACUUGAAGCUUCUCAACCUUCCUGUCUGCUGUCGACCACAGUCUUGCCACACCCCGUUAAGGUCGACAUGGUCACAUUUAUUGACCGCAAGUCACCUGGCCCUCAACACCGAUUGAGGUCUGGCGAGCAGGCGACAUUACAGACUGUUAAGCAGAUGGCUAAAGAUAACCUUGGUCAAGCUCAACUCGGUUUAUCAAUUGAAAAUGGCUGCUCUGCCCAGAAAGAUCACAGCCGAGCAUGGGAGAGGUCUUGCUUGAUCGUGAAUGAAAACUAUGGACCGGAAAAAGACUCAUCAGGAAAAAGCGAUAAAAUGGAGGUGGCUGGGAAAUCAAAGGAUAAAUUUGAUAUGAAGCAAGGUCUUUCAGAGGAAUAUAAAGAGGAGGACGAUAAGUUGACUCAGGUUGGGGAUGAAAUAAACGGAAAAGAGAUGGAUGUUUUUAUGAAACACUCCUCUACUUCCUCUUCAAAGAAACGCGCUGCAGUACCUCUUCAGAUGGUCAACGGUUUUAAACGAGCCCAUAAGAACUCACCCACUCGCAUGGAAGAAGAUCAUGCAGCCUCUUCCCGGAUUUCUGCCUCUCUGUCAGACAAUGGGCCUACGGGCUCCUUUCCAGACUUUUCUACUGGAUCCUUGGGCACUAGACCCCUUCAAUCUGAUGGCCUCCUUGUGAAGCCCGGAACCUCUGGUUACGUCGAGACAUCCAGUUUUAGAUCGGCUGCGCCAGCCAACUGGGCACCGGUCACUAACUCUAACAAUGCAGCUGCUACCGCCGCCGCUGUUGCUGCGGGUUUCCUGCCAGCUGCUUUGGCAGCCGCUCUGGCAAUGCUGGCCAAUAGCGGUCUUUCUGUGGAGCAGAUGACGGAAGCAGGACUGCUAUUAAACUCGACGGCUUUGGCAGCUGCGCCCGGAAUGGGUGGAUUGGCACCACCGAACCUACUUGGAACGCGCGAUACAUCUGUAGCAGAAAUUACUCCUGCAUUAUCUUCAUUUUCCUCUUCGUCCUCAUCCUCAUCUUCCUGUUCUUCUGCCUCAUCCUCAUCUUAUCCUUCUUCUUCCUCCUCUUCUUCCUCUUCCUCUUCUUCAAACUGUCCUGUCUCCUCCACUUCCACUUUUCCUCCUACCGCGAAUGAGCUUUCAAGCACCAAUUCCUUUAUACAAUCGCGUAUUUCCCCAUCAGUUUCUCUGGUCACCAACCAGCCCAUAUCUCCCUCCCUCCCUUGUGGCCAGGAAACCUCUGCUCUGCUUCAUACCUUUCAUCCUGGCCUUCAUACAUAUACUCCUUCUGCUCCUACUCCUCUUCUCUCCUCACUUACUGAAGCAACUGAUUCCAUUGUUGCCAAGGCAGAUGCCAUAACACCACCCCCAUCCUUUUCCGCUCCACCCUCCAUCUCCUUUGCCUCCUCUUUCACUCCCUCUUCUUCGUCCCCCUCCUUUUCCUCUUCUAAUUCUUCCUCCUUUGCUCUCUCGUCUACAUCCUCAUCUUCCUCUUGUCCGCUAACUUUAUACACUUCCUCUCAUAGCCUGGCCCCAAACCACCGUGGUCUUCAUCAACUUGCCCUGCAUAGACCGUUGUUUGAGUGGCUUGAAAACCACCAUGUGAAGGAAGAAGAGCAACCUCUCGAUCUGUCGCUCUCAGACCGUCUGAAAGCUCGCAUAGCAGAACAGGAUAAUGUACGAGAAGGAGUCUCUGCAAAUGCCUUGGUGUCUGUAGCUGCCCCUGAAUUUUGUAAAGGCCAAGUCGAGAGUCUUGCCGAGAGCUUGCCACAUUUAUCCACUGUGGAGGCAGAGGCUUUACCAUCGCCCGACAACAGCUAUGCGGUGGCCGCGGCAGCUGCAGCUGCAAUGGCAGUAGCCACAGCAGCCGCAGCUGGAAACGGAGACUCAUCUGAUUUCGCUGCUGAAAGUUAUUCAUUCGACCACAAGCUAUAUUUAGAGGUGAACUGGUUGUCCUGGUUUUGCUUGUUAGGAACUGCUAAAUGGGCCUUUAAAAAUGAACGAGGGAGAAAGCUUGCUUUUUCUUUGACUUUCAUUGUGGCUUCUGUGCAAAAAAUUAAUAAUUUUCUCCUCAAAUGA